CACCUUCGCUCGUUAUUGUUCUUUUAUCGAUUACAACGAUUUCACUUCUUUCCUUCUUCGAAAUCUCCGAUCCUGAAAGGCACUUCCACUUACCGCAUUAGGCGUCGAUCACACUGUUGAGAUGGCUUCUUCAGCGAUGCUUUCUGUUGCCUCCGCUGGUCCGUCUGCUUUUCCCGCAAAUUGCAAGACAUCUUUGCGGAAGACGAAAAUCGGGAGCUCUGAUGUAAGACAGUUGUUUGGGAAAGCGAAAGGAAAUCCCUUUCUCAAGUCACAGUGUUUGGGUCGGGUAACCAUGGCAGUUGCAGUUAAUGUUUCUCGCUUUGAAGGCAUUGCCAUGGCCCCUCCAGAUCCAAUUCUUGGAGUUUCUGAAGCAUUCAAAGCAGACACCAAUGAUAUGAAGCUCAAUCUUGGAGUUGGAGCCUAUCGAACAGAAGAACUUCAACCUUACGUGCUUAAUGUGGUCAAGAAGGCGGAGAAGCUUAUGCUGGAGAGAGGGGAAAACAAAGAGUAUCUUCCAAUUGAAGGUUUGGCUGCAUUCAAUAAAGUUACUGCAGAGUUGCUAUUUGGGGCUGACAAUGCUGUCAUCAAACAAAAUAGAGUUGCUACUGUUCAAGGUCUUUCUGGGACUGGUUCUCUUCGCCUUGCAGCAGCUCUCAUAGAACGAUAUUUUCCUGGUGCAAAAGUUCUUAUAUCAUCUCCAACUUGGGGUAACCAUAAGAACAUUUUCAACGAUGCUAAAGUUCCUUGGUCAGAAUAUCGAUACUAUGACCCGAAAACUGUUGGGUUAGAUUUUGAUGGGAUGAUAUCAGACAUAAGGGCAGCACCUGAUGGAUCUUUCAUAUUGCUUCAUGGAUGUGCUCACAACCCAACCGGCAUUGACCCCACCCCUGAACAGUGGGAGAAAAUUGCUGAUGUCAUUCAAGAGAAGAACCACAUCCCAUUCUUUGAUGUUGCAUACCAGGGAUUUGCAAGUGGAAGCCUUGAUGCAGAUGCUUCAUCCGUGAGAUUGUUUGCUGCACGUGGUUUGGAGCUCUUGGUUGCUCAGUCAUACAGUAAAAACCUGGGGCUUUAUGCAGAAAGGAUUGGAGCCAUAAAUGUUCUGUGCUCAUCAUCAGAUGCAGCUGCAAGGGUGAAGAGCCAGCUGAAAAGAAUUGCUCGACCGAUGUACUCAAAUCCUUCCGUCCAUGGGGCUAGAAUUGUUGCCAAUGUAGUCGGGGAUCCUGCUAUCUUCAAUGAAUGGAAAGAAGAGAUGGAAAUGAUGGCUGGAAGGAUAAAGAAUGUGAGACAGAAGCUAUUUGACAGUCUCUCUGCAAAGGAUAAAAGUGGGAAAGAUUGGUCAUUUAUCCUUAAGCAGAUUGGCAUGUUCUCUUUUACAGGCCUAAACAAAACACAGAGUGAUAAUAUGACAAACAAGUGGCACGUGUACAUGACCAAGGAUGGGAGGAUAUCAUUGGCUGGAUUGUCUUUAGCCAAAUGUGAAUAUCUUGCAGAUGCCAUCAUUGAUUCUUUCCACAAUGUUAGUUAAAAGAGAAUACAUGAUGAUUUACUCUUCUUACAUGGUGGUGGUGGCUGGGCUGGAAAUCUUUUUUACCUUGUGGGUUUCCAGUCUUUUAGAACCCUACCAUAGGAAUUUUGGGAGUCCAUUAUUUUGCAAGUAGCUGGUAAUUAUCUUAUGGAAACCUUGUAAUGUAGGUUUAUUGUCACAUUGUCCAAAAUAUGUUGUAUCUGAAGUUCUAAUGAUGGGCUUGAAUGCCUACCAAUAAUUUCUUCUUGUGGAAUGAGGCCUUUAGCGCCAAUACCUCUCUAUGUAUUUCAAAGUUAGCCAGUUGAUUUACACAUUUAAGGUUAUGUUGGAUGU